AUAAUUUUUAUGAACUUUGGAGAUGAAAAAAAUUGAAAAUAUGGAAUUAAUUUAUCGACGUGAAUGUCUUCAGCUUUUAGAACAAAUUAACAUUCGAUUCCGCCAGUGGUGUUAUCAUGAAGGUCAGAAAACCAACAGCAGUCUGGAUACGAUCAACGAUAAAGAACCCACGCUAACCGGAAUGUUGAGUAUUUCAGCCCCAUCAAAAUUCGUGUUAACCCUACAGUCAGUGCCACCCUUUUUCCUGGAGAGUGUCCUUGCAUUUGUCCUCGUGAUUCUUCUGGCCAUUCCGCUUAUCGCACGUCUCCAAAUGCUUCUCGAAAAUCCGUUGAACUACUUGCCCCCAGUUCCCCGGAAGCUCCCGGUGACGUACACCCCUCGGACCACCCCAGCGCCGCCGCCAACGCCAGUAAUUAGCGUCAAUCUACAGCUCGAUACAAUACGCCCAAUCGCACCAUCACUCCCCACCCCCGAGCCGAUGAAUUUCGACAUGCAGCUGCUUCACCCCGCUCCAUUCGCCCCCUUGCAGCCGGAAAAGUCUCUCCACCUACAGAAAGCUCCCUCCGAAGUAUCGACCCAGAACUACGAGUUCUACCGGCACAACUUCAUCGAGUUAAGCCUGAAAAAGCAGUUCGGUGAAAGAGUUCCGGGCAAUGUUGUCCUCAACGCCCAUCACCUGAGCACUAUCGACUCGAAGAUCCUUCUAAAAGUGAAUCAAAAAUUCCAGAACGACUUGUUCGACUUUAUCGAAUACCCAGAUCCCCCGAACCCCUCGUUUCCCCGUCCCACAGAUCUCUUCCUCCCCAAGAAUACCUCCAAAAACUCCAUUAACCUGGACAAAUCGAUUGGAACGAACGAUCCGUCGUUGGAGAUGGACGAGGUCCCGGAGCUGAUCGACUUCAAGGAUCGGGGUCCGACUCCCACAUCCCCGAGAUCUCCCAGAAGACGACGACAAUUAGCUGACAGUGCUGACAACGUCCAGAAGAUCCUCACGCCCAAGCCACCCAAGAAGCCAUUGGAGUCAUCAUCGAGUCUACCGAGUCCAGCAUCACCUGUCAACCAGUCUAAUGAUUCCCCCAAGGCCCUGAGAACAAAGGAGCCGAGGCAGCUGGAGGUCAAACGUCGUAGUCCUCUGAAAACGUCGAGACAGAAGACCGAGGAUUUAUUUGUCAAGAGUCAGAGAGAGAGUGUCCAGGACAGGUCCUCGAUAACAUGUCCCUCGGUGGCUUCCAGCGAGGCCUUCAGUAUAAACAGUUCGUCCUCAAAACAACCAGAGAAAAUUGUCUCCAGACCAACGUCAUCAUGUGGCUCCACCAAGGCAUUCAAGAAUUUCCGGUCCAGAGUGAACUCCAGACCCAGAUCCAGGGGCUUCUUCGGCUGGGACAUACCGGACAGUUCGGAUACUGUUGAUAUUACUGAUGCUACUGCUCCUGGACUUCAUGACGAUAUUCAUCGUCAUGAAGUCCAUGGAGACAUCAGGAGCAUUGAAAAUUCCACCAGUUUGAAGGAAAAUUCACUGGAGAAUAAAGAAGGGGCUGACAAACUGAUGUCUGAGGCCUCUCUGCUACCUCCACCCCUUCUGGAUCCCCUGAAAGAUGUGACGGGUGAAAGGGAUCAGUCUUCCUCAGCUAUCCACGCUCGAAAUACUGAGGAGAAGAUGCACAAGUCGAGGCUGCCUGUCAGGCAGAGCGAGCAGACCGGAAAAGUUGUGAAAAAAAAAUCGAACGAUAAAAGUAGAAGGGAAUUGAGGAAAAAGGAAGAUGUUGCCCUACAAGUUUCUGCUUCUGUGAUCAAGUCUGGUAUUGAUGAUAAUUCGAGAAAUUCUUUUGGACAGAGAACUGCAGUUUUGGGUAAGGGGUAUGGGGGCGAGACUGGUGAGUGUAAUCAGGAGGUAUCGGGGGUGGGAACAAUGGGAGGAGAGGCUACAAAGGAAAUGGGGGAGGGAGAGUCGAUGAAACUGAGGGAAAUAAAUACAUCCAAUCAAGAGGAUCAAGUGAAAUUGUUGGGGGGUGAGGGGGAGGGGGAGGAGAGGAGUGGGAAUGUGAAAAGGGAGAAAUUAAUAUCCGGUAUUGAAGGAGAGGGGAGUUAA